GCUCGACGUCAGACGCGACGACCAAUGAAAAACGAGAGCCUUCCAGGUGUGCACCGGGUGACUCAGGUAACUCUACACCACAGAGCGCUGCUUCAUGGUUUCUUAAAGUCUGUCAAAACAGAUGAGUCCAGGACUUCAAAGCAUCGUCUGCUAGGAGAGAAGAAAGGCAAAUCUUUGAAAAAGUGCUAACUAGACGGCGUUCAAGCAUCUGGCUCUGAGAUUUGCGUGGACAUCGACAUGGACCCGUUCCAGUCUUGUUUAAAGAUCAAAAAAAAAAUUUAUUCAGCGAUUCUGAACGGGAGGAGCUUCAAAUGGACGCGAACGCACAAGCGUGGAAAACCAGAAUCCAUAGAGACCAUCCCUCUGGUGGAAAUUAUUGCAGUGCAAAAGGGGCUCGUUGAAAUUGUGCCUUGUAAGAAGAUUAUUAACACACCUAAUGACUUUACGGUGUUUUUUGUGAAGCGAGCUCUGAAACGCCAACAGCGCUGGAUUCUGGACAAAAUGGUCUUUACUGCUGAGGACUCCAAUCUGAGGGAUCAGUGGGUGUCGCAAUUAUCACAAAGAAUUGAGCAGCACGGUCAGCAGCGUCCACAGAGGCUGCUAGUGUUUAUCAAUCCUUUUGGAGGCCGAGGAAAAGCAUGCAAAAUUUACUACUCGCAUAUUGCCCAGCUGUUUGAGCUGGCAGGGAUCAAUGUCCAUGUGCUGGAAACAGAAAGAGCAAACCAAGCCCGGGAUUACAUUCUGCAGAAGGAUUUGUCCAGCUUUGAUGGUGUGGUGUGUGUGGGAGGAGAUGGGAUGUUCAGUGAGCUCAUGCACGGCCUGAUUGGACGAAGCCAGAGAGAGGCAUGCAUUUCUGAGGAUGAUCCUGAAGCCACCCUGCAAGGCUGUUCUCUGCGUAUUGGAAUCAUACCUGCAGGUUCAACAAACUGUGUGUGCUUCGCUACUGUUGGAGUGAAUGACCCCAUCACCUCAGCACUGCACAUCAUCAUAGGUGACAGUCAGCCUUUGGAUGUUUGUGCCGUUCAUCACAAGAAGCAACUCAUCAAGUACUCCGUCUCGAUGGUGGGAUAUGGAUUCUAUGGGGAUGUGUUGUCCGACAGUGAUAAGCACCGUUGGAUGGGUCCAAUCAGAUAUGAUUAUUCAGGAUUUAAGGUAUUCCUCCAGAACCGCAGCUAUCAAGGCAUCAUUGAGUACCAGCUGGCAGGAACAGGGCAGUCGAACCCAAGAGACAACACUCGCUGCAGGACUGGGUGUAUGGUAUGCUCAGAGUCCACAGAGCGGCUAUGCUGUCCAGAAGAAAUGGCCUUUGAUAACGUCUCAAAAAGGAGCUACAAAAGCCAAGGCUCAGAUGAGGAGGUGAUUGACGAAUGGUGUAGUACUGAAGGAACGUUCAAGGCUAUUAACAUGACUUGCAUGUCCAGUGCUUGUCCCAAGAGUCCGGAUGGCCUGUCUCCCUGUGCACACCUAGCAGACGGCACAGCAGAUCUCAUCAUUGUGCGCAAGUGCUCCCGUGUCAGCUUUUUAAGGCAUUUGUUCCGCCACACCAACCAAAAAGACCAGUUUGACCUGCCUUUUGUUGAUGUUUAUCGAGUGAAGGCACUUAAGUUCACACCGAUACCUCGAGAUGAUGAUGAUGAUGAUGAUGAAAGUCUUGGAUCAACACUUCCGGUGCAUUUGGCGCAUGGAAGUGUGGAACAAACAAAGACCAGCUUUCUCGCCCGGCUCUGUGGAGGUCCAUCGAGGAGAUCAAAAUGGAACUGCGAUGGUGAGGUCAUGCCACAUGCGGCCAUCAAUGUCAGGGUGCACGGCCAACUGAUUAAGCUUUUUGCUCGAGGCAUUGAAGGGCCCUUUAUAAAAAGGAGAGAAUCAUGGAUGCCUUACAGGUGAUUCAAAAGAUACUCAAGAGUGUCAACUUUCAUACCCACAGCCACACUGGCAAACAGCUUAAUAAGUGGCAUCUUUUAUCUACUGUAGACUGGGCCACAUGCCCCAUUUGGUGCUGCAGCAGACAGAAAAAGGACAACUACCCAUGGCAAGGGAAAAGGAUGGCAAAGCAUUUAGCUGGCAGGAUAUUGUCUGCACUUCACUCCCCCGAGGGAAACCAGCACUGCCAUCUUUGUAAAAUGGCACUGUGGAUGCAAACCACAUUACUGUGAUGCCAAUUGUGGUUUUAUGCACUUUAAUUCUGUUAGUCUGAACUCUGAUCUGAACCCACUGGUGGGUUCUCUACUUUAAACACGUGGAAGUGUUCCCCACGCUGCAUGGAUAAUGCAGAUCUCAUUUGAAGUGAUCUGUUAAUCAGCCGGCUUUCUUCAAUCAUAGGAGACCUGGUGUCUUACUAGAGAGAGAGGCGUCAAGACUCUGAGGUGUGGCAGACAUCCAGCUAUGAAACUCUUCUACCACAAUUGGGAUACUUGGUCAUUUACUACUUAUUUAUUUAUUUAUUUAAUUCUACGUUCCUGCAAUCUUGUAAAUACUGUUCAGCCAACUUAGAUACAGCUUUUUGAGAAUGAGGGCUAUGGUUCAAACCCUGGUGAGAAUGACAGCACUGUUUGUUACUUUUAGAUUCCUUAUUGUAGACAUAUUUAAUAUACACCAUUUUUUAACUCCUUGUAGACUUGAAUAAUGCAGUAUGGAAAAAUGAUACUCUGUGAAAAAAAAUGUAUGAGAAGCUUACUUACUCAAUAAUAAAAAAUGCAGACUUUAAACUUGUAAAUCCACUGUAGAUCUCUGAAAAAAAUAAAAGACACAAGAUAUUGCAAAAGUU